AUGGAGAGAGACAGGAGGAAAAGACCGGAGCAAGGCAGACCAGAACAACUUAUUUCGGAGGAACUAAGAAGGAGAAAAGAAGAGGAGCAGGCCAAGAUUUACAAUCAGGAGGAGUGGCAAACAAACAAUGGUAGAAGAUCGAGAAGAAAAGGGUUGAUGAAUCAUAAAGAUUGGAGAGAGAAGUUGCCUACAACAUCCGUGUUUGUAUCAAACUUACCGGAAAAUAUUAGCGAAGCUUCACUAUACAGGAAAUUCAGUUCGUACGGGGAUUUAGUCAGCGUGUACGUUGCAAAGAAAAGGGACUGCCAGAAAAAUAUUUUUGGCUUUCUCAGAUUUGUAAAGGUCAGUGAUGAGGAUUCUCUGGUGGACAGCAUGAGUCAUGUCACGUUCGAAGGGGUGAAGGUCGAAGUGAAUAUCGCCAAAUAG